AGCUGUUUACCAAGACACGGGCCAAUUCACACACUCCAAGGGGUUGUGUCCAAGACCUCAUCGGUCAUAUCACCCUCUCUCUCUGUCUCUCUCUCUCUCUGAGUCUCUGUCUUUCUCUCCACCGACUUUGUCACAUAGUUUUUGCUUUUUACCUUCUUAGCAAAUCCAACACAGCAAUCCAAAAGAAACAAACAUGAAAUUCUUAGAAAACCCCAAAAAGAAACCCUAAUCCAUCAGUUCCAAGGUACUAAAUUUCCACUUCGUUUAGCUUAGGCGUCUGUGUGGUCUUUUAGUAGAAUCAAGAGCUGGAAUCUAUGGAGUCAAGGCCCCGUGUCUCUCUUUCUGCAGCACAAGUCACUUCGUCAACCUCAGAGGGGUACCCACAUGACCAACCAUCAGAAUUCAUGGUCUCUGAACAGACCUUACCAGGUUUUCUCCCUAUCAGAGCUCCUCUUUCUCUUGAUUCUGACUUUGAUAUAUAUGUAAGAAGUGAUGAUAAUGUAAUCAGUACUAGUGGUAGUGAAAGUGGGCGCAUUAUGAGUGAGGAGGAUGAGUUCGAAUUUGAAACGGCGUCGGAGAGGCCAUUUGUAGGAUUCCCAGACGAGGAAACAUCUGUAGGGAGUGAUGAUGUUGAGGAAUAUGUUCUUGCUAGCCCGUUUCUUGCAGUCCCAGAUGAAGAAACCCUAGAAGCACCAGUAGAGGAUGAACAAAAUGAUGCUAUUGGUCAUUAUGCCCUUACUUUUGUCCCGGUUGUUGUGGAUGAUUCGAAUUCAAGGUACAGCAUGCCCACUGCUCGUUUGUCAAUGGAUGAUGAUUGUGAUAAUGGGAGUGGUGAAGAGGAGCUAAGUGAAGUGGAAGAUUGUGGGUUUUCAGGUGCGGGUAGGAUUACUGGUAUUCGGGUUUUGGAGGAGAUUGACAAUGUUCCUAAAUUCAAGGUAUUGGGUAUCGAAGAAGAUGAUUUACAGCCCCGAAUAAAGGUCAAUCCGGAUGAUUUCAUUGGAGUUGGAAAUGAAGUUCUGGGUUCUGAAAAAGCAAAGUCUUUAGUGGAGCAGUCGGUUGAUGACUUGGUUGAACAUAGAGAUUUUGACAAUACCGAGGAGGCUAUUAGUGAAGCUUCAGCAGUGAAUAGAGAAGAUAUCCCUGAGGAGACUUUGAAAUUGAAUGAGAAUGUAAAAUGUCCCUCCACUGAAAGUCAAGUACUUAGAAAACUAGACAACCAAGGAACUGGAUUGAAAGGUAGAGAUGUAGGUGAGCAGAGUAGUUCAGAAUUCAAUAAUAACGAUGCCAUAUAUGUGAAGCUUGUGGGUUCCCCGGUAGAUGUUAAAGAGCCUACUGAAGUGGUUGAAGAACGUCUGAUGAUGGUUGACAGUGCUGAUGUAGUAGAAGAAUAUGGUGACUUUAAGUCAGAUGAAUCCAUGGGGAAUUCCACUGGGAAAAAUGAAAUUGAGUCUGUGAACCGAACUAAAAUUUCAAUACUAAAUCCAACUCAUGAGACUAAAUAUUUGGGGAAUGGUGAUUUGCCUGGAGCUACUGAGGAUGUAAUGUUGGAAGACCAAAUAUAUGGUAAAUCCAGCAACUCAGUAUCCAGUAUACCGAGUUCCUAUCUAGACCCUGACUUUGAAGUGAAUGAUGUAGCAAACAAUGUUUCAGAGGGUGUAGAAGGAGAAGGUACAAUUUCUGAUGGAGAUGCUGGAGGUUUGGUAUUUAGAAGCUCUGAUACAGCCAAGCAGAUCGUUAAUGAAGAGAAGCAAAGCCUAGCCCCCACUUCUGGUUCAGGUGCCCAGAUUCCCCAGCAUCAUUUGCAGACAACCGACGGACAGACACUCAAAGACUCAGAGGAAAAAUUGGAGGAAGAUGGGGAUGAUGAAGAUCAUAAAAUAUUUGAUUCUGAGGUACUGACAUCACUUCUGAAAGCAGCAACUAGUGCUGGAUUGGAUGGUGAUAGUGGCAAUGUCGUAUUCACCUCUGUUGAUGGUUCUAGAGUUUUCUCUCUCAAGCGUCAUGCUGGGCUAGGCUCCUCACUGAGACCUGCUCGCCAAUCAAAUGGUCUCAAUGUUUCUGCAUCUUCUGACCUUAUGGCUGGGGCUGAAUCUAAGGACAGCAUAAGUGAAGAGGAAAAGAAAAAGCUAGAGAAGAUACAACUCCUGAGAAUAAGAUUCUUGAGGCUUGUCCAGAGACUAGGCCAUUCUCCUGAAGAUUCUAUAGUUGCACAGGUUUUAUACCAGAUGGCCAUUGAUGCAAGGAAGCACUCUAAUGAAGCAUUUAGCCUUGAAUCUGCAAAGGGAAUGGCCAUGAAACUUGAAGCAGAGGGUAAAGGUGAUAUAGAAUUCUCUUUGAAUAUCCUGGUUCUUGGGAAAACUGGAGUGGGAAAGAGUGCAACCAUAAAUUCCAUUUUCUGUGAAGAGAAAGCCAUGACCAAUGCAUUUGAACCCACCACCUCUGCUGUAAAUGAAAUUAUUGGAACAAUAGAUGGAGUUAAGAUCCGGGUCUUGGACACACCAGGUCUCAGAUCUUCUCUGAUGGAGCAGGCUUUCAACCGGAAAAUAUUGUCAUCUAUAAAGAAGUUCAUGAAGAAGUUUCCUCCUGAUGUUGUCCUGUAUGUUGAUAGGUUAGAUACCGAGGACAAAGAUCUUAAUGAUCUGCCAUUGUUAAAGUCAAUAACCAGUUCUCUCGGUUCGUCAAUAUGGCAAAAUGCCAUUGUCACUCUGACCCAUGGUGCUUCUUCUCCACCUGAAAAACCAUCUGGGUCACCCCUAAGCUAUGACUUGUUUGUUUUGCAACGAUCCCAUUCUGUUCAGCAGUCUAUCAGCCAAACAGUUGGUGAUCUGCGUCUGAUGAAUCCAAACUUGAUAAAUCCAGUAUCUCUUGUUGAGAACCAUCCAUUGUGUAGAAAGAACGGAAAUGGUCAGAAGGUGCUCCCCAAUGGACAAGAGUGGCUGAACCAAUUAUUACUUUUAUGCUGCUCUAUGAAGACCUUAUCUGAUGCAAGUUCCCUGUUGAAACCACAAGAUCCAUUUGGUCAAAGAAAGCUAUUUGGCUUUCCACUCCGUUCCCCACCCCUACCCUACUUGUUGUCUUCCCUAUUGCAGUCUUUUACUCAUCCAAAACUCUCAACUGAUCAAGGUGGUGAGAAUGUUGACUCUGAUAUUGAGUUGGGGAAUAUGACAGACACUGAUGAAGAAAAUGACGAUGUGUAUGACCAGCUCCCAGCAUUCAAGCCUCUGAGGAGAUCUGAUAUUGCUAAGCUCAGCAAGGAGCAAAGAAAAGCUUAUUUUGAGGAGUAUGAUUAUUGGGUGAAGCUACUUCAGAAGAAAGAGUGGAGACAGGAGUUGAAAAGGUUGAGGGAAAUGAAGAAAAAGUGCAAAGAUGGUGGGAAUGAUAAUGUUUGUGGGGAGGAUGGAGACCAGGAAUCUGGAAGUCCAGCAACUGUACCAGUUCCCUUACCUGACAUGGUCCUCCCACCUUCCUUUGAUGCAGAUAAUCCUGCUUACAGGUACCGGUCUUUAGAUGCCAUGUCCCGGCAUCUUGCAAGGCCAGAUUUGAUUACCCGUUGCUGGGACCAUGAUUGUGGAUAUGAUGGUGUCAGCCUUGAAGAGAACCUUGCUAUUGCUGGUAUGUUUCCCACAGAAAUCUCUGUUCAAGUCACCAAGGGCAAAAAUGAGUUCAACAUCCACUUUGAUUCCUCUGUUUCUUCAAAGCAUGGGGAAAAUGGAUCAACCAUGGCAGGUUUCAACAUUCAAACCAUUGGAAGGCAGGUUGCCUACAUCCUAAGGGGUGAAACCAAAAUAAAAAAUUUCCAAAUGAACAAAACUGCUGCAGGGGUAUCCAUUACAUUCUCAGGCAAAAAUGUGGCAACUGGACUCAAAAUUGAGGAUCAGAUUGCAGUUGGAAGACGUCUGGUUUUGGUGGGAAGUACUGGAGCCAUUCGAUCUCAGAAUGAUGCAGCAUAUGGAGCCAACUUUGAAAUCCGUCUCAAAGAAAAUGAUUUUCCUAUUGGGCAGGACCAGGCCACCUUGGGUCUGUCUCUGAUGAAGUGGAGAAAUGACUUUGCACUAAUGGGUAAUCUACAAUGCCAUUUCUCCAUGGGACGAAGUUCUAAAAUGGCUUUCCAUGUUGGAUUGAACAACAAACUCAGUGGACAGAUCACCGUAAGGACUAGCAGCUUGGAGCAACUCCAGAUUGCACUCAUGGGUUUUCUUCCAAUUGCCAUCACCAUCUUUAGGAGUCUCUGUCCGGGAUCAGGUCAGAAAACAUCGAUGUACUAGGAGUCAAUUUCCAUUACAUCAGUUAGAGGUAGGUAAAUUUUCAUCACAGUCUACCAGUCUAGUCACUAGCUCCAUGGUCAUGUUCAGUUUUGUUCCAUUGCACAGAUGUUGUAAUUCACUUCAGCAGGUCAGAUAGUAAGCUGUAGCAUGAAUGAGACUGGAAUCUAAUUUUUGAUGUUUCACAAGUUCUGGUUCAUAUAUUGAUAUAAUUAUUGCUCUUUGUCUGA